AUGACUUUGACCACAUAUAUAAGGCUGAAAAGAUUCCGAAACUAUGGUGUCGAUUGGACCGUCACGCUCGUUGUUUUGACUUACUUCUUCUUGGUGGCCGAACAUGCCAAACCUUUCAAUCGUCAAUUCAAGCUCAACGAUCACACGAUCCAACACCCCUUUACCCACCAUGAAAGAGUGACUGGACCAAUGUGUCUUCUUUUAGCUGCUCUUGUUCCAACCAUUGUGAUGACAACAGGAAGCUUUUUGAAGCACCGCAAGAACAAAGAUCAGGCUUUGCACUUGUUGCAAGUCUCCUUGCUUGGGUCUGUUUUAACUGUCAGCGUGGCCGGUGUCAUUACUGACAUUUUGAAGAACUGGGUCGGCAGACCACGUCCUGAUUUCUUAGAGAGGUGUGGUGCCCCUGAGGGGACUCCUAUGGAUGUUUUUGUGGAUAUUUCGGUCUGCACUGCUCCGCUAGGCGAGUUGCGUUUGAUCGAUGGUAUGAGACUGACGCCGCUGGGCCAUUCGCUGAUUUCAUUUUCGGCGUUUUUGUUUUUGGCAAUGUGGAUUUUCGGCCAAUUGCAGCUCUCCGUGAACGUGGCCUCAAAGCCUGUUUACUUGUAUAUUCUCAGUUUAUUGCCGCUCAUUUUGGCAGCCUAUGUGGCACUCUCUCGAGUCCAGGAUUACAGACAUCACUUUCUGGACAUAGUGCUGGGCAUGCUCAUUGGCUGUACCGUGGCUGCAGCCAUCUACAGAAAAUACUUCCACUCCUUGUUUGUCGAGAGCUCCCACGAGAUCAACGGCGAGGAAGAAGCCGGCAUCUUGCCCACUUGA